CUCCCAUGGCAGAUCCCGGUGUGCAAGCCGGGCACACAGUCACGACGCGCCACGCCGCCGAGUCCGGGAUCAGCCCAGCAGACUGGGAUAACCAGGAAUUCCAGCGACUGCAGAGUCAGAAAGGUCAGGGGUUGGAUGUGGCAAUCAUGUCGCAAGACGGGUCCAUCAAAGUCACGACGCGGCACCGAGCACAGGACUACUCGAUGAUUGAUCCCGCCAUUGAAGACGUGAAGAAGGCCAACAACAUGAAAUUGACGCCCACCGCACAGAUGGAGGUUGGCGAGUACACCACAUGGCGCAGCGCAAACACGCCGUUGGACCAGGGCGGCGUCGAGAUGCUGCAAAAGCUCGGGGCUGACGGAGCGCCGAAAUGUGCGUGGAUCGAUCCAACGAUUACUAAGGAGAUGAAGGCUGCAGCCAAGGAGGGCGACUUGUUUGCCAUGGCCGCGAAGCAGACCAAAAAAGCCGGCAAAGGAGCCAAAGUGUUGCAGUAA